AUGGAUGAGCUACCUAUGGAACUCAAGCAGCGCAUCUGUAGCUUCCUCACACCGAGAAACCUCAAGCCACUCAGACUCACUUGCAAAACCUUCGCCACGGCAGCUGAACGUUACUUCAUCAAUCGCUUCGUUCUAUUUGUCCAUCCCAACAGUCUCGCAACUCUUCGCAAGAUUGUGGACCACGAGAUCUUCAGCAAGUAUCUCACCACCAUCGUUUACGACACCGUCACCUUGAGUCAAGUACUUCCUAUCACAGUCAAGGAUCCGUGCUGGGAUGACUUCCGACCCAAGACAUUGUCGCUCGGUUUGAACGAAAGUUACGCUACGAUAACAAGUCGACUAAUGCGUGACGCCACCAAGAGUUAUCAAGCCGCCUGGAAGGAGACACAACAUAAGAAAGCACAGUUGGGACUGCUUGAAGAUCUGCUCCGGUAUCAGCAAGACCCGAGUGUGUUUCAUCACUUCGCCGACGAGAUCGAGUAUGCACUACUGCAAUGUCAACGUCUUAGAAACAUCAUUCUAUCAACGCGCCAUCCUAACAAAAAAGCCAAGGCUCAGGUGUUCAUGCACGAGAGCUUGUGUCUUGGAUGGGCACUGCGCAGAAAUGAUAUUCAGGACAUUGUCUAUCGCGAAACAACCAAUCUGGAGUCCUUAACCUUGAUCGGAGUGAAGCUGCCUCGCCGAGUCAGCUCCGAAGAUGCCCAAGUACUGGAAAACCUGAAGCACCUCCGAAUCAAGGCAAAGCAAACCACCUCUAGUCUCUCCUGUAUGCAAUGUCUCUUCAGUGUCACAAAAUGCCUCGAGACCCUGAGCUUGUCGGUGGAUUCCUGCGACAUCACAAAGAUCAUCAAAGUGUUUCGUUCAACCAGUCUUCGAGUCUGUCUUAUGGAUUUCAAGCACGUCCAAGGAGAUGCUUUGAUCGACUUUCUCCUCCAUCAUGCUCCUUCACUGCAGCGACUUGCUCUUGGUACCGGAAGUUCUGAUAUCGGCUGGGCUCCGGUCUUCUGCAGCAUCUCUGGCGAGCUCCCGGCCUUGAAAUGUAUCCAGCUCGAGGCUCUCCGAAGCCGCUGGAAUAGGUAUUCGAUGAGAAGGGAUGCCGAGCUACAAGCAGAGCGUUUCGUCUUGUCUGGAGGUUUGCUGCCUCUGAUUCAGUACACAGACUGGCUUUCACGCAGGGGCGAGUACGGCCUCCCAGGUCGGGGGUUCUUUGUCAAUGGUGUCACUCGAGAUCAACUACAACCUGGACUUUGGUCUGACUACGAAGGCAUUGCUAAUGAGCCUUGGAAUGGGUACGAAAGUGAGAGCGAGAACGAAAACGGCAGUGAAGAUGGAAAUGACGAUGACAGCGAGGGCGAAGAGGAUGCAGGCGAGAAUGAAGACGACUGA